CCGGAAAAUGUCGCGAUUGCCACAUAUCUGCGGUCUUUGUUUGCUGCUUAGAUUCUGGCAGCUUUUGGCCUUGGCCCCGUUUAUUGGUGGGUCAAAGGUCGCCCAGUGUCAGCGAUGGAUGACCUUAAGUGCGGCUUUCAGAUGGCUUCUACUCACAUCGGUGGCCCCAUAUUUGUGGCAAAGUUCGGAAAUUUAUGAGGCCACGAAUGUCAAGCUUUCGACGGUCUUCAAGACAAUUGCCUUGGCCGCCAUGACGGGGGAUUUCCUCAUUUCCCUGGCUCUCCUGGGAGCUCACCUCUUAAAUCGGAAGGAGUUAGCCGAUUUGGUGAGGCUGGCAAGAUUGCAUCGCAGGAGAAGAUUGAGCUGGUGGUCCACCUUGUUCCUCUGGCUGAAGUUGCUCCUCUCCCUCUAUGAACCUUGUAAUGUUCCCUUUCUCGAGGGAGCCGGAAGUCGUCUGCCCUGGACUCAACUAGCAGCUUUUGGAGUCCAGCUAUACGUGCAACAUGUUUCGAGCGUCUAUGCCAAUGGUAUAUUUGGGGGCAUGCUACUAAUACUGGAGUGCUACAAUCAACUGGAUCAAGAUGAACCCAUCCUGGCAAGACUUUUGCAGAAGGAACGCAGCUGGCUGAUAUUGGUCCAGAGAUUCGUGGAGGUCUUUCAGCUUGGCUUCUUUCUUCUGGUCAUUGGCAACUUUAUAAACAUUCUGGCCAACAUAUACGCCUUUAUGUCCUACUUUACGUCUCUUCAUGGGGUUCCCCUGACCAUUUCCAAUAACUGUCUGAUUAUGGCAGUCCAGCUGUAUGCUGUCGUUUUGGGCCAUCUUUGCCAGGUGAGAUCAGGUCGGUUGCGAAAAAGAUGUCGAAUGGAAUAUCUGCCGGAAGGCUGACUCGGGAACAGGUGGGUGAACCUGACACCAUUUCCUUUGGUCUCACCCACUGGCAGUGUCAAGUUUUGUAUUUUAGGCCUUUUUACCUUGGACAACUCGUUUUGGCUUUUCCUGGUCUCAUACGCCAUGAAUUUUAUUGUGCUUAUCCUGCAGUUCAGCCUUGAGAAUAUGAAACAAGCUUAGACCUAAGACAGAAAAUAGGAGGAACGUACUUAAACUGAUCUCAAAUAUCUAUCUCAUUUAAAUUAAA